CUCUUUGGUCAGGCCCCGCCGAGGCGGCUCCUCCCUCCGCCACCGCCUGCCCUCCCCCGACCCCCGCCCCUCCCCGGCAGCGCCGCGGCUGCUACACCGGGUAGGUUUCCAGUCACUAUGGCGGCCGCUGCGCUGAAGGUCGGAGGAAAGUUUCCGUGGUUGGCGGCAGCCUGAGAGGCAGAGCUACCGAGCGGGAGGCGUCCGGGCCCGGCCGCCAGGCCUCUCCCGCCGCCGCAGGGCCGGCCGGGGCCAGCGGAGCCGCGCCGGGCGGGCGCAGAGCGCGGGGGGCCGAGAGCGGCCCCUCCUCAUGCGCAGCCACCUGCGGACGGGCUGACGGAGCGGAGUGGAGCGGAGCGCAGGGGACGCCGCCUCUCUCGGCCCCGCCGCGCCCGGGGGCUUCUGUGGAGACUUCCUGGAGCAGCCCCCUGCUCGCCCCCCUCCUCCGCCGGCCCGCGGAGCCGCCGCCGAGCGCCGCCCGCCCGCCGGAGGCACCGCCUGGGAGAGACCUGUCAGCGCAGCUCGAAGGGCGGCCCCGCAGGACCCUUCCCACGCGGCGCUUGUCCCCGGGAGAAGGAGAGUUCGGAGCCCUGUCCAUGCCUUAUCAAGUUCCUUAUCUGAGCGGCUGCCUGGAGCUGUAGAGCAGUUCAGCCUUAGCUGGUGUAGGAGAGGAAAGCAGCGUAGCUCUGGUACCCCAUCCUAAUGCGAGGACCACCUUUUCUGCUCUGGUUUCACAUACGAAGAUGGUGAGAUGCGGAUUGCCGUGUAAAGCGAUGAGAUCCGCGUUGUGGAGUGAGGGCUUCGCGUUCACCUUCCAACUCCUGGCCUGAGGACGUGGAUCCUUCUCUCUCAUCCCCUUUCCCUAAACCUUUCCUUGCUUACAUGUUGCAUUGGUCAGGAUUUUGGUCAGUAUUGUUUACGGAAGGGGGGGGAAAGAAGGCAGUUGAGAGGUUACAAACAAAAGUACUUGUAUGACUCAUCUACUUGGACUUAAGAUAUCCUAUCCCUCUUCCAAGGAGCCCUUGCUUUUCUUUGAAGGAAUCAGAUGCUUAUUCCUAUUCUUCCAGAGGAGGAUGGAUUGAAAGUUGUACAUUUUAGACUUUUUUUGGGCCACUGCUGAUAUUAUUAAAAGACAUAAUGGGGCUUUUUCACUGGAUUAUUGCCAGAGUUAGUUUACACACUGAAGCAAUGAGUUGUUAGGCCUCUUACACAAUAAUGUUUGCCCUGCUUUAAUAUAAAGUUGCUGUGGAGGUUUGGGUCAGGAAUUGUGGAGGACAGUCUGCGUCAGAAGAGGCUCUCUUCAUCUCUGGGCCGUGUGGCAACCCCAAUCUGUCCUCGAUGCCUUCAGCCUUGGCCAUCUUCACUUGCCGCCCGAACUCUCAUCCGUUUCAGGAGCGUCAUGUCUACCUGGACGAGCCCGUCAAGAUCGGCCGCUCGGUGGCUCGGUGCCGGCCAGCGCAGAAUAACGCGACUUUUGACUGCAAGGUGCUGUCCAGGAACCACGCUCUUGUCUGGUUUGAUCACAAGACAGGCAAGUUCUAUCUUCAAGACACUAAAAGUAGUAAUGGUACCUUUAUUAAUAGUCAGAGACUGAGUAGAGGAUCAGAGGAAAGCCCACCAUGUGAAAUUAUGUCAGGCGACAUCAUCCAGUUUGGUGUAGACGUGACGGAGAACACGCGGAAAGUUACCCAUGGAUGUAUAGUCUCCACAAUCAAACUAUUUCUUCCAGAUGGGAUGGAAGCUCGAUUGCGAUCAGAUGUUAUCCAUGCUCCAUUACCAAGCCCUGUUGACAAGGUUGCUGCUAACACUCCCAGUAUGUAUUCUCAGGAAUUGUUUCAGCUUUCACAGUAUCUACAGGAAGCCUUACAUCGGGAACAAAUGUUGGAACAGAAGCUGGCAACCCUUCAGCGACUGCUUGCUGUCACGCAAGAGGCUUCAGAUACUAGUUGGCAGGCUUUAAUAGAUGAAGACAGGCUGCUGUCACGCUUGGAGGUUAUGGGCAACCAGUUGCAGGCGUGUUCGAAGAAUCAAACAGAAGACAGCAUACGAAAAGAGCUUAUUGCAUUACAAGAAGACAAACACAACUAUGAGACGACAGCCAAAGAGUCCCUGAGGCGGGUCCUUCAGGAGAAGAUCGAAGUGGUCAGGAAACUGUCCGAAGUGGAGCGGAGUUUAAGUAAUACAGAAGAUGAAUGUACUCACCUGAAAGAGAUGAAUGAGCGGACUCAGGAAGAAUUAAGAGAAUUAGCUAAUAAGUACAACGGAGCUGUAAAUGAAAUUAAAGACCUUUCUGACAAGCUAAAGGUAGCAGAGGGAAGACAAGAAGAAAUCCAGCAGAAAGGACUGGCUGAGAAGAAAGAACUGCAGCACAAGAUCGAUGAAAUGGAGGAGAGGGAGCAAGAGCUUCAAGCGAAAAUCGAAGCUUUGCAGGCCGACAACGACUUCACCAACGAGCGGCUGACGGCGCUGCAAGUACGGUUAGAACACCUUCAGGAGAAAACUCUUAAAGAACACAACAGCUUAGGCGUACAAGUUGACGACUUCAUACCUAAAAUUAAUGGGAGCACAGAGAAAGAGCACUUGCUUUCAAAGAGCGGAGGGGACCGCACUUUUAUUCAUCAGUUCAUAGAGUGUCAGAACAAGAUCAUAGAUGAAGGACAUCUAACCAAAGCGGAAGAAACAAAGCUUUCGAAAGAGAAUCAAGCGAGAGUCAAAGAAUCUGAUUUGUCAGACACUCUCAGUCCAAGCAAGGAAAAAAGCAGCGACGACACUACAGAUGCCCAAAUGGACGACCAAGAUCUAAAUGAACCUAUUGCUAAAGUAGCUCUGCUAAAAGAUGACUUGCAGGGGGCACAAUCAGAGGCUGAGGCAAAGCAGGAGAUGCAGCAGCUGCACAAGGAGCUGGUUGCCGCCCAAGAGCUGGCGAGGACCAGUAAACUGAAAUGCUCUGAGCUGCAAGCGCUGUUGGAAGAAGAGAGAAAAGCCUAUCGAGUGCAAGUCGAAGAAUCUAACAAGCAAAUAAAUGUUCUGCAAGCUCAGUUGCGAAGGUUACAAGAAGAUAUUGAGAAUCUUCGUGAGGAGAAGGAGAACGAAGUUUCGAGCGCUCGGAACGAACUUGUCAGCGCUCAGAAUGAGAUUCUGUCCCUGCAGCAAGUGGCGGCCAAGGCGGCGUCAGAACGGGACACGGACAUUUCCGCGCUGCAAGACGAGCUGCAAACGGUGCGAGCGGAACUCGAGCGGUGGCGGAAAGAUGCCUCGGAUUACGAGAAAGAGAUCGUCAGCCUGCAGGCCGGCUUCGAGGUCAGGUGUCAGCAGUGCGAGGAGCAGCACAAGCUCGAGGCCGCUCGCUUGAGAGGUGAACUUGAGAAGCUGAAGGCGGAGUGGAGCGCUCUGGAAGCCGAGUGUGCCACACUAAGGAAGGAAAAUACUUCGCUUACGUCUGAAGUUCAGCGACAAGAGAAGGAGCUUUCCAGCUCUCAGAAGCAGAGUUUAGCGCUGACCAGCGACAUAAGUGUUCUUGAGAUGUCUCGAAAGGAACUUGAACAUCAGAUGGGAUCUUUGAGAGAAAAGCAUCAGCGGGAUGCAGCCAGCCUGAAAAGCCAGCUCAGCGAGGCCGAGAGCCAAGCAAAAGACGUUCAGAAAGAGUACGAGCGGACGCAGACGGUGCUCUCGGAGCUGAAGGCCAAGUACGAGCUGGCUGAGCAGCAGAACCAGUCGCUCUCGGAAGAGCUCAAGCAAUGCAAAGAAAACCUGAAGCUGCUACAGGAAAAAGGAAACAAUCCUUCCAUAUUACAACCCGUCCCAGCCGUAUUCAUCGGCCUAAUCCUGGCUUUCCUGUAUUGGUGUUACGGCCCAUUGUGGUAGCGACAGAACUGCUCCUGGAAAGCAGAGUCAAACCCUAGUAAUUGCCCUAUGUCCCUGGAGUCCCUAACAGAGCGUCUGCAGACGUGACAGGAGCAAGACCGGCCGCGGGACCCGCGUUCUGUCCCGGUGCUGCGCCCGCGCUCGGCGCUGGGUUCUUACACAGAAGAUGACUUUGUUUUCCUGCUGCGAGGAGGUUCAAAUCUUAACAUCCCGAACAGAUGGAAGGAGAGUUUUCUCCAAAAAACUCUCGUGAAAUGUAAGCUGGGGGGAGAGGGGCGGCCACGUGCAUGCUCGGUGUUCACAGAAACAGCUGUUUGUGCGUAGUAUGAUGGCGAUAUUUUUCAGUUGCAGCUCUCCUGCGCAGAAGUUUAAUCUCCCUAAUACAGAAAGAGCAAGAGCAAUGAAAACGACAUCGCUUUAAGCUUAGCUAGUUUUCUAAGAACAAAAGGAGUAUGUGUCAAGUACGUGUUUUGGGUCACUUUUGCACCUUUUCGUCUUUUUGUGUUUCUAUUUAUACCCUGGCCGGUUCGUACACUCUCCGAUGUGGUAAGAAAGUUGACGUGAUUGCUAAACUUAAAGAGGAAAGAGACUGGUUUCCUAGAUUGGAUCUGAGCGCCAUUACUUUUAGUAAUAUAAAUAAUGACAUCACCGCUGAAGGUUCCCGUCCAGCAAUAAAAGGUUAUGGGAGAGCAAACUUUAGGAGCAGUGUCCUUAUUAGACAUAUGUGAUUCAUCUUCAAGUGUGCAUAUUUAAGAAAAACGCUGUAUCCUGAGCCAAAUGAGCUCUAUAAAUCUGAUUUUACUACGUUUCAAACUGUAAUUAAUUAGUAAAAAAUAUUCUCUUUUUUUUUUUCGUUUAAACUAUGUGAAAACUGGCGCUUGCAGCCUGCUGGGGAGUGUUAGGCGAUGCACAGGCAGCUCUUUUGUCCUCUUCCAGCUUCCUCCAGCAAUCUGCUUUUGCACUCCUCCAAAAGCCUUUUGUAAAUGAUGCCUGAACCAUAAAAUCACAGUAACCGCUGUCUCGUUUCUGGGAUUCGGUGUGUUAGUCAUUCCGAGAGAUGCUGUUGAGGGCACUGAUGAGCUGCCAGGGAGGCGCUCGCUUUCCUACUGGAGGAGUUUGCUGAUGUCUGUUGGAAAACAUCCCCACGUUCCGGCUCAGUCUCCUCUGCAUAACGCGGCGCGGAGGAAACGCGCGUCCUUUGCGGGCAGAGCCGAAAGAGCAAAACGAUCCAGUGCAGCUGCUGCCAAGGCUGAACAUCUGCUCUACAGCUUGCCAUUGGGCGUUUAGAGAUGUCCUGCGAGCAGCCAGGAGCGCUGGCCGGGCUCCCGCAGCCGCUCUGUACCUGAGUGUGGAUGAGAACGUCUCCGAAGGGGACGCUGUGGACGGGCGGGCUCCACCGCUGUGAGCAGCAGCUCACUGAUCUGUCUAUUGGGGAGAGAAAACCCUGUUUUCAUCUCCUCACCUGGAUUUUCUCUGCCUUAUUUACUGAAAAGAAUCGGUCCCGUAGUGAAUUGCCAUGAGGAAAGUAGACUAGAUGACCUGUGAAGGUCCCUUUCAGCCCCGCUGUUCUGUGUUCUGUAUGCUCCCCAGCGCCCGCCUGUGUGCAGGGACGGGCUCUCCGUGUGCUGUCAGUGAGCAGCUUGAGCUGUGCCCGCCGUGCAAGGACACGAGAUGGAAGUUGUUAGGGCUGGUUGGUUUGUUUGUUUGAAAAAAUGGAAGAGUGUUUAGGAAGCGUUAGCGAUUGUUCUCAGUGGGUUUGUUUUCCAACCUGAGCUCCUGCCGUGUGAGCAGCCAGAGGACAGAGCCUGGAGCGAGGCUCAUUCAUCCUGCAGCCCCUGCCUUCACCUUUCUCCUUUCCUGAAGCUCAGGACAAAGCUCAGCUUAUCCUGCCACCCUGUCUCUCUUCCCUCCUCCACGCAGGACUUUGCUCGAUGCUGUUGAUGAGGACCAUGAGCUGCGUCUCAAUAAGCUGGAGCAUCAGUGGGGGGUACCAUGGUCCUGAUGCCCUCCGGCUGUGUCCUUAGCCUGCCUACCUGCUGUCCUCUCUCAAUUGUUUCCACAGUAAAUGAAGUCAAAACGUUGCAUGUCCAUGGAUGGACCCACGAGCCAAGUUCCUGGCCCUGGGAAGGGCUCGGGUGCUGCUGAGAUGGUUUGCAGGAGGCCACCAACUUGCUUUUUAUGGCUCCUGCCAUGUUCCGCUUGCUCUAAUGCCUGAGUCGCACACUGAAACCUGAGGAAGACCCUGUCUGAAGAUGUUCUGUCUUUCCAGCUCCCUGGGGAAGAUGUAACUCCCCAAUGUCACUUCAUGCCUUAUUUUGAGCUUAUCCAAGUGUCUUCGCCCGCAUCCCAAACCAGCAGCUUUUCUAGAAGCAGAUGAGCCCAGCUGGCGUGGGGCAGAAAGUGCUUUGGGGCACCACACAAGCAUAUGCCACCUCCUUGCUGUGUCCAGAAUUGUCUGUGCUCCAAACAAAUCUUCCCCAAAGGGCUCGGCGUGCCCCUCCGUUGGCCUGGGUCUGGUGUCCUGGCUGAUGUGGAGGCUAAGAGGCAGUUUUCACCCCUUCUCCCAGGAAGGUGAGGAGAUUUUGACCAGUUUUGGAGAGGCUGGCCCUCAGUUGGAGAAGAUUUUGGGUGCCACCUUCAUGUGACGAUUCUCAGGAGUGUCCUUGAGAUACCACUUAUCUAGAUGUGCUGUGCCUGGUAACUUCAGGGAUGUGUGUUUCUUCCCUGGUCUUGCUAAGAUCCUGGUGAGCCAUCUGGAAAUCUCAUCCUGCGAUUACUCCAGAAUCUGGAAGACCUUUUGUAUCGACUAAUCCCAGAAACAGAUUUUCCCUUCAUCCUGUCUGUCAACACAGCCUUUAACUUAUUUUUAUGGGCUUCAGCACAUGUUUGAAGCAUCACUGCCUUAGGAUACGGCCUGUGUUUUCCGGACAACUUCAGUCAUCCUUGUAUCUACAUAUAGCGCUUUCUGAAGAAGGGCUAUUUAGUGGAUAUUUAGUAGGAUCUCCUGUGUCCUUCAAAACCCAACAAAUCUCCAUUUACACUUCUAGACCAGGAAUUGGAGUGACUUAGCGUGCCGUAAGCAUGAAAUCCUAGGAAAUUAUACUUUGUGGUGCAAUCUAUUUUGCUUCAAGAGAGUUGAGUAAUGUUUUCAUUAAUAAGAUGUGACAAAGGUUGUAGUAAGAAGUACUGACCCAAUAGAAGCAGGGAGGGUAGAGCAGAAAGACUAUUCUAAGCUAAUUGGUGCCAUACUAGACUCUUAAUUUUUUGCCUUUUUUGUUUUUAUCUUGUCCGCUACUCGUUUACCCACCAAAAAACUUGUGUAUGUGUUUUCUAUACGUCUCUUAGCUCUUUAUGGAGGCAGCAGGACAUGGCAGGUAGGAACCGCUCCUGUGUGCAGCGAAAACUGUCUGAUAGAGUGCCAGGGUUGGGUUAAUGGUUGGACUUGAAGAUCUUGAGGGUCUCUUCCAACCAAAAUGAUUCCAUGAUCUGCACCGGGGUGGCUGAGGAGGGUCUGUGCUGGCAUGUCCCUCUCUGUAGGAGUGGGCCCUGGUCUAGACUUGCUCCUCGAGCCCAUCCUUGUGAGUGUGCAGAGCAUGGUGUCGAGCCACCCUCUACAGGUCGGGGACAAAACGGGGAGAGCUGCCUCCUUUCUCGCUCUUGUUAAGGAAGAAUUUUUGAGAAAAGUAGAAACACUUCUGGAGAACAACAGAAAAGCUUGACCUAAUUGCUGCUCUAAAUAUAAGCCUAUUGCCCCUGAAAGGCCCAGCAGGAUAUAAAGCCACCAGCUCCAGUUCUCGUUUUUGCCAGAACUUCAAAGCGUUUCCUUUUAUGCAGUAAUCUUAAAACUAGUCCAAGAAAACACGCGAUUACUUAGAUAUUCCAGUUAUGCCACCAAUAUGGAAACUUAGAUUAUGAUAUUUUCCACAGACAAAUCUUCCAUCGUGAGUUAAACACGAUGCUCUUCUGCUUGCUUGUAGGAAGACACAACCUCCUUUCCAUGGUCUGAGGAGCAGUUGCUGCUCAUGUGUUGAGCCAAGACUGAUGGACUAAGAAAAUGGGGCCAUAACGCAGUCACUGAAGUCCUGUUAAGGCCUAAAAUGUUUUUUAAUCAUAGUCACAACCUUCUCCACAAGAGAAGCUUUGUAUGGACUAGCCACUAUUUAUUUAAGGAACAUUUUGCUAUUUUGAUAUUUGAGAUUACAGUCACCAUCUUUAUCAGUUGUGCAUCAUGUCCAAAUCUAAGUAGAGAUAAAACCUCAUGUACCUCCAUUGACUAAAAGCAAAAUGAGUCGGGCAGAACCCGCUCCUUUCCCCCAGGUCUUAGUCUGUUCUUGAAAACGUUGUAAGCCACAGUUUGCCCACCACACGCCAUCCGGCAAUGCGUUCAUCUCGUUCAUGAGGCCACUGUGCGGUCUUAAUUUGUGCGUACUCAACGAGCCACGGCUGGUCUGCUCCAGAGAUAAUAACUAUACAAUUAUGCUAUAAAAUUGAGAAGGACAUGGGUUUUUUUGGUUGGGUUGUUUCGGGCGUUUCUUGGUAGGUGCAGCUGUGUGGGCAGGGUCUGAGAUAGUUAUUUUGUGCUGGAAUGACUUGGCACAGCACCUUGCAGCCCAGCCAGGUGGGUUCAUCGCGUGGCCGCUGGGCCCAGGAGAUGCAGCAGGAGUCCUGGGACACCGAACGCAGCCAUGGGGGUCAGCAGAGACCCGUCGUGCUUGAAGGGGUUUCAGGGACCGCAGGAAGCGUGGUCAAAAAUUAAGAGAUCAUUCAAGGAUCGUUUAGAUGUAGAGAAUUCCUCCUGGUUAAGCAAAUAUCCCGCUGAGCUUCUCCUGGAAAAGAAUUCAAUGUGUAAGGCUGUAUGUCUUCCAGACGAUGAGGGAUGGGAUGCGAGAGAGAGAGAAACUUCUAUUUCUACACACUGAGAAAGCAUGUGGGCCUCAAGCUCUUUUCCCAGUUGGAAAGUCUGCUGUUAAGAAAAGGAAAUAGAUUUUUAUAAGCAAUACUUAAUUCAAGCAUUUGGCUAAUUCUCCUGCUGCAAAGGUUUUAGGUCAAAGUCUGAUUCAUUGAUGUGGAAAUGGAAUGAAAGGGAUUAGGGGAGGAAGUAAACUCUGAAGUUAGGAAAACUCUCUGGUUUCUUGUCCACUGACGUGGGGUUUUUUUCCCUACCCAUCAAAUGUAUAUUUGACCUAUGUUUCUAAUUUAAGUGUUGUGGAGAAACUGAUUCCUACACGCCUUCCUUUGCUCCUUCUGUGCCAUUGUCACCAGCCCUGCCGCGGGCGGGUUCCGUUUUGCUCUUUCAGGAAGGGAUCCUGAUCUUUCCGUAUUUGGGGAAGUUGCUGGACAUGACAUUGUCGUACAGAUGCUGUGAAUUUAUACGUUUAUUCCAUUAGCUUAGAGAAUGGAAAACGGGUGGUUUAUUAUUCUUAUUACUCAUUAAAAAUAUUUGUUAAAGCAGCGCCCUGUUCACAAUGGGACGUUCUGCAGCAGCGCAGGCGUCGGGGGAAGCCGGAGCCGGCAUCUUCCUUUUGUUGCUACGUGUAUUUGCAGGGGUGCAUGCGUGUUGCUCAGGAUUCCGACAGGGAUCGCUUUGGGGAUCCACCUGGGAACUUUUCCUCGUGCAGUAAGGUCCGUCUCUCUGUCCUUGCAAACACCCCGUUGUGUGUGUGACCCCCAGUUCUCUCCCAGCCUCCAAAAGCCUCCCCUUUUCCCCUUGUCGGUGCUCUCGUCGCUGGGUCUCAGAGACUUGGCAGCCGUCAAUCCAACAUCAUGUACAGUAUCACGAAUGGUUGUGAGUGCCUUUCCUAGCUGUGCUCGUAAAGCAGCUACAGAGAGAGACGAUCAGAGGAGACAGGUCAGCAUCCCGCCCCGGCUCCGGUACCGGGGGCUGUGAUGGAUUUACCGCUCUCAGAAAUGCAGCAAACAGCGUUGACAAACCCAGCAGGUUAUCUGGGGCCGCCCGUGUGCUCUGCAAAAUAUAGCUCAUCAUCAGAGAAAAGAAUGAGGUGGGUUUUUUUUCGCCAAGUUUGCAAUAAUUAUUUAUUACUCAUUAGUAAUUACUACGGCAGGCAGCGGUGGGCAGCAGCGGGGCUCCAGCCCUGCCCGUGCUCCGGAGAGGGGCGAGCACAUUGAUGAUGGGCCAAGCCCAGUAAUUAGCCAGGUGGGAGUUUCCCAGUAAAUUGAGGGUGUCUCCAAACAGGGAGAACAUGGGGGGCUUGGCAGUGCAGAGGGGCCUCAUCGUUCUUCUCCUGGUUUUUGCCAUGUAAUUCAUGCUUUCCUCUGUAAAGCACUGUGAUAUAGUUUGUAUACGUUAUGUAAAAUAAGUUGUAUUCUACUAUAUUGAAGAAAUAUGAAUAUAAAAUAAAGUCGAAGGAUGGAGUAAAG